AUGAAACCCAUCUCUAGUCUUGAUAUAAAUAGAAUUGGAUUUUUAAAGGGACUUGUCGUGACGACUGCUAUAUGGAUUCAGAGUAAAGAUAUUACUGAUGGAUUUUAUUUAAUUCAUAAAUUUGGUUUGUCAGGACGACAAUCAGAAAUGAAAGUUGUUUGA